CUUCGUUUCCAGCUUUUCCUGUCUAUGCAAGGCGUUUUAAAGUCUCGUUUAACCUUGCAUUCUUAUAGUGGACGUUUCCAGUUGUUCACUCGCCGCUCAACUUUGAAAAUGUCAACCAGUGCUGUGCAAAAGUUUCGCCCAGUAGUGGUAUCGGGCCCCUCUGGUGCUGGGAAAUCAACUCUACUAAAACGACUGUUUGCUGAAUAUCCCGAUACCUUUGGGUUUUCUGUUUCGCACACCACCAGAGCUCCACGGCCGGGCGAGCAGCAUGGGCGCGAAUAUUAUUUCACAACCAAAGCGGACUUCCUGGACCUUGUGAGCAAAAACGGGUUCAUUGAACAUGCGCAGUUUGGAGGGAACCACUAUGGUACCAGUGUCCAGGCCGUGAAAGAUAUUGCAGAGAGGGGUAGGAUUUGUAUCCUCGACAUUGAGAUGGAGGGCGUGAAGCAAGUGAAGCGUACGGACCUGAACGCUCGCUUUAUGUUUCUCGCACCGCCGUCGGUUGAAGAACUAGAACGGAGAUUGCGAGGUAGAGACACCGAGUCCGAAGAGAGCUUGAGUAAACGCUUAGCACAGGCCAAAAAUGAACUCGAGUAUGCCAAGGAGCCUGGCGCACAUGACAAGCUAGUUGUCAAUGAUGAUUUGGAAAAAGCCUAUGCUGAGUUGAGGGACUGGAUUGUCGACAAUGGUAAAUUUGGCGCCUAGCAAUAAUCAACCAAUUUACGGGGUAAAAAUCUGUGCUGUGCAAGUUAUGUCAUGAUUGACAAGAUAUUGCAGGAUUGGCAACGUCAUGGACGGUGAUUGAUCCUAUUGUUUAUAAGGCAUUAUUCAGCAGAACU